ACGCAUGACGUCUACGCAACAGAAUUCACCGUUGUCCAGUGAAAAAUUUAGUGAAUGGAUUCGUUUCAAUUUCGUUUGAAUAGAACUACCUCAACUCAGAGAAUAUAGAUUAACCAUAUUAAUCUGAACAAGUACUUGAAUAAAUUUCAAGGGUUCGUUGUGAAUAUAUGUAAUAUUCAAGGAAUCUACUGAAUAUGUACGACGAACAAACGAUCUCUGAUUUGCGCUACUGAACCCAAUCAGCGAUACUGGGCAACAAAAAAACAAUAAUCCGAGUGGAUAUUUUGUCUGGAAGCGUCCGAAAAUAAUAUUCAAAUGGCUACGCAAUCUGAAAUGACCGCCCUCUGUCGCCUCUGUUUACGAUUCUCGCCAUGCAUGGUUCCACUAUUCGAAGCACUCAUAGGCGAAAAAUUACUAGUCGAAGUAAUCCAUGUCACUGUUGGAAUCGAGCUCGACAAGAGUUUUGAUUUGCCGCGUCAAGUUUGCCAGGAUUGCAUCGAAAAGGUGAAUUUUAUGUACGACUUUCAGCAGGAUCUGAUCAAAUGCCAAUCGAUGCUCAGAAUGGGCAAAGAUAAGGGCGAUACAAAAUUUGGGAUUGCAGAACAAACUAUCGGCAUACCCUCAGAGGAAAAUGGAAUUGAUGCCCGUAGUGAUCGAAGCUCAAGCGUGAGAUCAGAAUCCAGAGAUUUAGAAGGAAGCCAUGACGAAGUCGCAGGUUCCGUCCAUGAGCAGAUAAAAUUGGAAUCAGUCGACAUCAAACAAGAACCAUUGGAUUCCCACAAUGAUGAAAUGGAUGAUCCAGACUAUGUUAACGAUAUUGUUGAUUUUGAUGACUCUGAGGUGCAAAACGAACAAAAUUUAGAUGCAGCGACAACCAAACCAAACAAAUGUUAUAUUUGCGACACCAUUAUCGAGAGCAAAAGCGAGUUGAAUGAUCACCUAGAGAGUCACAAGAACAUGUUACCCUUCAAAUGCCUGCAGUGCAGUACGGAAGCAAAUCCUAUCGAAGCAUUCCACGUGACAGCGCUUAACAAACAUUUCGAAACGCAUGGCUUCCAAUACGUUUGUCCACACUGUCCAUUACGGUAUCGGACCCCGAGCUCAUGUGUAUAUCACGUGCGGACCAAUCAUGAUAAAAAUCAAUCCGAAUAUCACUGCGAAAUAUGUGGAAAAGUUUUCAGCAAUUUGCAAGUGUAUCGAAAUCAUGUUAACGCACACAAGAACGUGAUGACGGAACGAUUUAAAUGCGAACCCUGUCAGAAAACGUUUCAUUCGAGCAAGAGUCUCCGGACACAUCAGAAAAGUCUCUCACACGAUGCGGUUAUACGUAAGAAAGGGAUGGGAAUAAUAAUUUCGGAGUCAAACGAAAAUAAAGCAUUGGCCGGUAAACGGAAAAGGAAGCACAAGGCAAAAGUUGACGAUGUGGAAGGUAAAACAACAAUGUCCUCAGAAGAAUAUGGAGCUUCAAGUUCUAUCGUGAAAAUGGAACGAAAUGAUAUAGACGAUGAAAAGCCUAGUGUUCCGAAGAAGCGGAAGGGAUACUCAAAGAUAGUGAAAACCAUUCCAAACAAAUGCCACAUUUGUGACACUAUUCUCGAGAGUAAAAACGAACUCGUCGAACAUCUCGAGAGUCACAAGCAGAUGCUUCCGUACAAAUGCACGCAGUGUAGCACCGAGGCAAACCCUAUCAUCUAUACCACUCUGCGGCUUUUGAACAGACAUUUCGAAACGCACUGCUUCAACUACCCUUGUCCCCACUGCCCGUUACGUUAUCGGAACAGUGAUACGUUAACAUAUCACGUACGAAGCACUCAUGAGGAGCAGACAGAGGAAUAUCAGUGCGAGACCUGUGGAAAGGUGCUUACCAAUGUUUAUGCGUUUCGGAAUCAUCUCGUCGUUCAUCGGAAUGUGAUGAUGCAACGAUACAAAUGCGAACUUUGCCAAAAGAACUUCCGUUCCCGGCAUUGCCUUGAUAAGCACCAGGCAUUGCAUUUUAAGCAGCAACUUCGGGCUGGAAGUGUGAAAACAAAGGAGACACCACAAGAAAUGAGCAAUGCGGACGCUGAAACAGUCGAACAGAAAUAUAAUCCAACUCCAAUAGUAAAAACAGAGCCAAUCGACCCGGAGGGCACUAUUGAUCACGAUGAAUUGGCUCGUCAAUCCACUGAUGAGGAAAGCAAUGAUAGCGAGAAGGAUGAGUCUAGCCGCUCCAAUGAACCAAUAAAAUUCAAGCGAGGUACCAAGGUGGCCAAAAUCAUUCCAACUAAGUGCUACGUUUGCGGUACUAUUCUCGGAAACGAAACCGAAUUCGAUGAACAUCUCAAAAGCCACAAGGAUAUGCUACCCUAUAAAUGCGGGCCCUGUAGCACAGAUGUCCAUCCCAUCGUGGCUCUCACUGUGGUAGCUCUGAACAAACAUUUCCAGAGGCACGAAUUCAACUACGUUUGUCCGCACUGCCCGUUCCGGUAUCGGAAGAGUUCUUGGCUGACGGGUCACAUACGAAGAAUUCAUGAGGAAAAAACAAUCGCAUACACCUGCGAAACCUGCGGGAAAGGGUUCACUAAAAUAAAUCACCACUCAUAUCUGAAACAUAUAAACCGUCACAAGGAUCUGAUCACGCAACGGUACAAGUGUGAACCCUGCCAGAGAGUUUUCCCAGCAGAGGUUGCCCUGAAAAGGCAUAAAGUGUCGUUUUUGUGUAUACGUAACACGGAACGAAUGAAAACGACUAACACAAAUGGAAUGAAUUCAAUGCCUAGCAAUGAUGAUAGCAAUGAUAAGGCAUUUCCUGGAACCGCAGAGAAAACUAUCGCCGCUAGAAGUGACAAUCAGAACGAAGAUGCAUAUUUCAGUCCGGAGCUGAUAAAAUUGGAACCGCUUGGUAUCAAAACUGAACCAAAUCAAUCCGAUUAUGAAGAAAUGGUUGAGUAAUGAAGACUACUCCAAGCAAAUGCUACAUCACACAGCCGACACAGCCGUCACAGCAGGAUGCUAGGAACAUGAUUUGAUAUUGGACGUGAUAUAUUUGAUCUAAACAAGAUUAUUUCCAUAUUGCUCUGGUACUGUUUGGUACAGGAGGACAUCCUGUUUGAAUCUUGCUAUCAAUAAUUGAUCACAUCGCAGCUUCGCACUUCGGUAUAUUCUGUGUGAACUAGAAAAUCAAUGAUUCUGCCCUUGAAUCCAUUCAGAACACAAAACAAAAUAAUACAACCUGGAAUCGAAGCAUCGAAAACAGCAAAAUAUUACUCAGGUAAGUUGCCAAAUCAUUUGAUUGAGCACUGGAAUCCGUAUUUCAAAUAAAAAUACGUUGUUAGAAAA